UCCUAUACCAUUUAUGGUGUCGCAUUGCAGUAUUGCAGAGUGGAACAACAAUCCCCAGCUAGCUAGCAGCAAUGGCUCUGAAUCUCUUUGUCUCUCCUAAAUGCAAAUGGACCGUUCCUCCUUCCACGAUCGUGUUUGAUAAUGCUUCUUCUUCCAAGCUACCACUUGGUUCUUCUUCUUCAUCUUCUUCAGCUUCUUCCGUUUACAGAAGUGUGAGUUUGAGGAGAAGUGGUAGUGUUGCGGUGAGAUCAAGCUUGGAAACCGCGGGGCCCACGGUGACGGUGGGGAAGGUGACCGAGGUGAACAAGGAUACGUUCUGGCCCAUCGUUAACGCCGCCGGUGAUAAAACCGUCGUCCUCGACAUGUUCACCCAAUGGUGUGGUCCCUGCAAAGUGAUUGCUCCAAAGUAUCAAGAAUUAGCUGAGAAGAAUCUGGAUGUUGUCUUUCUAAAGCUUGAUUGCAACCAAGAUAACAAGCCUCUGGCAAAAGAACUUGGAAUUAAAGUUGUUCCAACUUUUAAAAUUCUGAAGGACAGCAAGAUUGUGAAGGAAAUUACUGGAGCAAAAUAUGAUGACUUGGUCGCUGCCAUAGAAACUGUCCGAUCUAGCUAAAGAAUAUAGCUAUUCUCUUUCUAUGUAUAAAUUUCAUGCUUGACAACACCCUUUGUAAGUAUUUCCAAUGAAAUUGUAAGAUGAGGAAAUGUCAUCAUGUGUGAUUGUUGUAAGCUGUAAUUGAUGAUUCCCCAUGCCUAGGGAAAAGUUGCUCAAUAUUAUUUGUUUUAUCUA